CCAACUGGUAUAAAAAACUCACACACUGACCUACUUCUACAGCAGAAGAGACGGUGUCGCACUCACAGAACUUCAAACCCUGACUUUUGGACUUUAAGGAUGUUGCAGUGUGUGUGUGUGUUGCUGCUGGCAGCCUCAGCUCUGAGCUUCAUGGAUGAAGCCACUCUAGACAGACAGUGGGACGAGUGGAAGAUCACACACAGGAGAGAAUACAAUGGCCUGGAUGAAGAGGGGAUUCGCAGGGCCAUCUGGGAGAAGAACAUGCGUAUGAUUGAAGCCCACAACGAGGAGGCGGCACUGGGCAUCCACCCCUACGAGCUGGGGAUGAACCACCUGGGCGACAUGACGUCAGAGGAAGUGUCCGAGAAGAUGACCGGCCUGCAGAUUCCAGAGAACCGCGAUCGUAGCUUCACCAUGGCUCUGGACGACAAGGUCACGAAGCUUCCCAAAACUCUCGACUACCGCAAGAAGAACAUGGUGACUCCAGUGAAGAACCAGGGUUCCUGUGGCUCCUGUUGGGCCUUCAGUUCGGCCGGGGCCCUUGAGGGCCAGCUGGCCAAGACGACGGGUAAUCUGAUGGACCUCAGUCCCCAGAAUCUGGUGGACUGCGUCACAGAGAACGACGGCUGUGGAGGAGGAUACAUGACCAAAGCCUUCCAGUAUGUGGUGGAUAACGGAGGCAUCGACUCUGAGGCGGCCUACCCAUACGUCGGACAGGACCAGCAGUGCCUCUACAAUUCAUCAGGCAUGGCAGCCAUGUGCAAAGGCUUCAAGGAGGUCCCAGUGGGAGACGAGCAUGCGCUGGCUGUCGCGCUGUUUAAAGCGGGUCCGGUCUCUGUGGGCAUCGAUGCCACACUGUCCACCUUCCAGUUCUACCAGAAAGGUAUCUACUACGACCGCAACUGUAACAAAGACGACAUCAAUCACGCCGUGCUGGCAGUGGGCUUCGGAGUGAACACCAAGGGGAAGAAAUUCUGGAUCGUCAAGAACAGCUGGGGAGAGACCUGGGGCAAAAAGGGUUACAUCAUGAUGGCACGUAAUCGCGACAACCUCUGCGGGAUCGCCAACCUCGCCAGCUACCCCGUCAUGUGAAGAGGACGACGGGGCUUUGCAGAGACUACUACACACAGAAAUACACUUGGACUUGCAUGUAGAGUUCAUUCAAACAUGUCAGCAACCACUACAAACCUUAACAGAAGAUCUUACUUUGUUUACACCGGUUUUAAAAACAUAUUUCUAAUAAGCAUAUGACAAAAAAUACAUUCAAAUUGGACUGUUUUGGAAUGAAGAAAAUGCUGUUGAGUCUUUUCAAAUGACUCAUGAGGACGUUUGGUUAUCUUGAGUUAUGUGAAGCACUUUGAACCCCCUAAGAUAUUCAGUUUUAUCUCCAGACCAGCAGACCUCCAUCGUGGUCUGCUCUGUAAUCAGAUUUAGUAGCUGUGGGGCAUUGUGUUAGGAACCCUCAGCCAUCAGGCAGGUUGGUUCGGUGCCAAAGUGCCGACUUAAAUCUACAAAGCCACCAGACACGGCCAACAUUUUACAGUAUAUGGCGGUCGGUCUGUGACACUUGCAGUCCCUUUAGCUUUAAUUAUAGUUUGUGUGAGAACUAACAGAGUUUAAAUUCAGUGUGACAGGAAACAUUGCUGGGCAAUGGGAGCUCCUCCUCCUUCCCUGUCAGUGUAGUAAGUUUCAUUUAACAAGUUUUUCUGUUUGACUUUUGUUUUUUGUUGUUGUUCUUUUCAGCACUUUUCUGAUGAUCAAACUGUAAACUGGUGUUUUCUAUGAAUAAAUGUUUCAUUUUGAA